GGCACAUAUUGAACCGGCAAAAAGGAAACGUGAUGUGUUCAUUGAACGUCGGUUGCUGCUGCGCGCUCACAUGAGGAGGACUCGCAUUCGGGGCAUUCUGGCAACGUUGCUCUGUCUCUCCCACGGCACCAUCGUACAGAUACAGCCCAAGUACGGUACUACAAUAUAUAUAUCCACCCGGGUUCGGCAGCGGCGAUUGGUGGGUAGGGAGGAUGUGCGUCAUUGACUGAUUAUCUUCCGGUCGACUGGGCUGCGUGUGUGCACAGUGCCACCGAAUAGACAUGCGGAGGGAUGUCAACAUGCUACCGGCAAAAAAUAGUCUCACUUUCCCUGUGCGCUUGGGUAAUUACAUGGUGGAGAAUGUUGUUCUGGGGAAAGGAAAUUUCGCUGUUGUUCGGAUGGGAACCCACAUUCCAACCGGCGAGAAGGUGGCAGUUAAAAUUAUCGAGAAAAAGAAAAUAAGUCAUGAAAAUCUGCAGAAGGUUUACCGAGAAAUUGGAGUUAUGAAACGGCUGCGGCAUCCUAACGUAAUUCGACUGUACCACACGCUGGAAACCGUGGAUUACGUCUUCUUAGUUACCGAAUAUGCAGAAAACGGUGAAGUGUUCGAUUACAUCGUUUCCAAAGGUCGAUUGAAAGAAGAUGUCGCUCGCAAGUUUUUUCGUCAACUUCUGGCAGCCAUUUGCCACUGCCACACCCACAGUGUAGUACAUCGGGAUUUGAAAGCGGAAAAUCUGUUAUUGGACUUCCAGAUGAAUAUUAAAUUAGCUGAUUUCGGCUUUAGCAACAUCCUGACACAUGGCUCUACCAUGACCGAGUGGUGCGGCAGUCCACCAUAUGCGGCACCCGAAUUGUUCCAAGGAGUUGUUUAUGACGGUGUCAAAUGUGAUAUUUGGAGUCUUGGCAUCGUGUUGUACGUUUUAAUAUGUGGAGCGCUUCCAUUUGACGGCGACAACCUCAACGAAAUCAAAGCACGUGUACUGAAUGGGAGGUUCCGUGUGCCGUUUUUCAUGUCGCGCGACUGCGAGAAUUUGCUCAGGUUGAUGCUGGUUAUCGAUCCCCACAAACGCUGCAACCUGCAGACCGUUAUGAAUCACCGAUGGGUCAGAGCCGGAAAUUGCGAUGUGAUUCAGGAUUGCUCCGAUGAGGAUUAUGGCUUUGAGGAUGGUGAACUCAACGAAUUUGUCCUUGAUGAUAUGGAAAAAUUAGGCUAUCACCGCAACCUGGUACGGCACAUGGUGAUGAGUGAUCCAUUCCACGACAUUAGCGCCACAUACCAUAUUCUGAAUGACGCAUUCAGUCGCAAGCUCAAAACCGGUGACCGCGUCUUGAUCACCCCUAUUCCCAUCUCCUGUGAUAAUACUUCGCGGCGCUCCAGCAUUACCACCGGCAUUGUCGAACGGGAUGCCCUGACACCCAGUACGAGCCGGUCCAGCAUUACCGGGGGCAUGCAUUCCAGUCCUCAGUCGACCAUCAACGUGGAUAGGAAAUCGCCGGCUACGUCCCUGCCACGACGGGGUAGCCUGCCGCAGCAUAUUCGCUUCUUCCAGCCGUCGGCAUUUUCCGGUGAAUCCGAAGAGUGUCUCCUGGAAGCUGCCGAGACUGAGGAAGCCGCAAGAAUCGAGUCGAUGCAGAAAUCUCCGAUGCACUUGCAAGUCCCUAUGAAUCCUUUGCUUUCGCCAUUUGCACGAAGAGCAUCCGAAGGCACACCCUGUCUACCGUUGACCGGUCACAUUCAGCCCACUCAACCUUCCGGCAGUACCGACAGCACCGCCAGUUCCGCCCUCCCCUACCAUUUACAACGACUCUCCAUUGCCAGCAGCAGUGAAAUGGAGCCGGACCAAGAUGCCGUCCGCCGCUACCUGGCUUCCCGUGGUGUCUCCAAGCGCCACACCGUCUCCAAUACCGGCGGUAAGCGGCCUUCUUCCCAUUUUGCCGCGCUUCCUGAACAUCGCCGCUUCUCCCCAGUGCGUCGCCACAGCGAGCCCCACAGCAUUGUCACGCCCCAGCAGCGCUCCUUCCUCGAGAAACUCUAUCUGCGCGCGGUGUCCCCGAUGGAGGAGAUGAAUCAUCUCCAGCGGCAGUUGGAUUCCGGCCAUGCCUCCCCCUUCUGUCACUCUCCCGUCUCACCGGCCAUGAGCCAUCCCUGGCAUUCCCAGCAGCAUCUCUGCCAUUCACCGUCCAGUCCCAGUAAUUGGCAUACACAGCUGUCGCCUGAUGCACCGAAAUUCACCCGCUUCCCUACGCUGGUUGUGACCAAUGAGUACGGGGUGACGCGACCGUCGGGCUUUGCGGAUGACGCCAUGCCCAUGACCUUUUUGCGACCUCCAGCCCCGCCGAAGGCAUCGCUCAGGCAUCCGGCUGGAUCGGAUGCCCCGUUGCAUAGUUUGAUGUUGCCCACGACCACCCUGACGUUACCGGUUACGAAACGUCCUGAUAGAUUCGGAGGCGAUAAAUGAUAUUUUUCCAAUGCUACACCAUUCCAUUAUUCUGAUCUUCUUUGGCUUAUAAGAGAUAUAUUUAUUUGUUCAACGAAUUAUUUUUAUAUUUUGUAAUGCGCCGUAGAACGUCUGCAUCUACAUAUAUGCAUAUUUUGUUUUGUCUUCUAUCUCUCUUUCUUCUAAAUUGCUGGCUGCUCGUGAUUAUUUAGCUAUUCGCUCACUGUCAGUUGAACAAGAAACUGGUGCUUGCCGACGACUCUCCGUUCUGAAUAA